ACAUCUCUCAGUCUUCUUUCUUGCGAUAAAAAGGCAGUUUGUCAGAUCGAUAUCUAAAAAAAAAAUAAAAAAAUUUUGGGUAGAUCGUGGUAGUAAUAUAUUCAUCGAGUGAGCCUGCAAAUACUUUGGCAAACUUUAAUUGUUAAAAUAAAAUACAGUGAACCUGGUACAGCUAGUUACAGAAGUUCGUUUUUUUUUACCGGUUCUCAUAACCUAUGUGUAUUGUAAUUAUUAUUAAUAUCGAGAAUUACAAAUAAGAAACAAUAUAGUCAAUAAACCAUUCUUGAAAUACAUGGACUAUAUAUUUUAUUAGAAAGUUUGUUUUAUGAUUUUUUGAAAAUACAAUGGUGAUGGAAGAACAGGGAUCAAAUAUGGAACUAGCUUCGGAAAAUAUUCCAGUUCCUCAAGUACAAGAAUUAAAAAUUGAUACAAUUAAACGAAACAAUAAAUCAAGUGUUUCACAUAGUAAACCAAGAUUGAGGAAGAAAGCAUUGCAUGCAUCAAUACUUAAGCAAAUGGAGUUUUAUUUCAGUGAUGCAAACUUGAGUAAAGAUCGUUUUCUAUCCGAGCUACUGAAAGAAAACUCCUAUAUAGAUCUUAAUGUAUUCACACGAUUUAACAAAUUGCGCGAACUAACCAUGGACACAAAUAGAAUAGCUAAGGCUCUACAGAAAUCAACCAUAUUAAAAGUGUCAGAAGAUGGUACAAAGGUCUGUCGAUUAACACCAAUUAACAGAAAGGAAAAUGUAGAUGAAUGUACAGUUUAUGUACAAGAUUUACCUCCAGAUGCUGAUCACGAUUGGUUAAUAUCUAUUUUUUCUAAAUUUGGAUCGGUAGAAUAUGUCUCGAUUCCUCGCUACAAGAGCAAUAGAAAGAUAAAAGGGUUUGCAUUUAUAGAAUUUGAUACAAUAAACAGUGCCCAAGAAUGUAUUGAGGCAUUUCAAAAAAAAGGAUGUGUUUUACCAUACAAUACAGCUCCCCAUGAUGUAUUAAGUAUAAGUACUUUUAAUGAAACAAACGAAAAUAAAGAUUCAUUUCCAACAUAUAAUACAAAUUUUAAGAAAAUGAAAUUAGAAAAUAUUCAAAAAGAAAAAACAUUAGAAAAUGAAAGUGAAAACAAUGAUAAUAUUUGCAAUAAUGAAACGAAUAUAACAGAUAAUAUUGAUAAACAAAAUCUAAGAAAAAGAAAACUUGUUUCAGAAAAAUCAUUUAAUACAGAUGAAAGUACAGAAAAUAUUAAAAUCAAGAAAAAAAGAAAAGAAACUAUGGAUCAUAGCAUAGCAGAUCAGCAGAAUGAAAAAGAAAAGGCCUCAAAAGAUGAAAUCGAAGAUAGUGAUAAAACAUGUGACAAUGAAACAAAUGUAGCUAAUAAUAGUAAUAAACAAAGUGUAAAAAAGAGGAAACUUGCUUCUGAAAAAUUAUUUGUCACGGAUGAAAGCGACAUCAAAAUUGAUAUCACUGAAAACAGUAGUACAGAAAAAAAUCAAGAAAUUUUAAAUAAAAAUAAUCGUAAAAUCACGGAAAAGAAGAAAAAAAGACACACUAUAGAUGAUACUAAUGUUGUGGAAAAUAUCAGUGGGGAAGUGAAAAAAGAAUCUCAUAAAUCAGCAAUUAAAUCAAAUAAAAAUAAAGGAACAAAAUUGGUAUAUCUAAAUACAAGUGAUGAUGGCAAAAUAACAAAUAACGAGGCAGAUGGUAAAUUACAAACUGAAAAACAUUCCAUGACAAGAGAUGAAAUAACAAAUAGCGAUAUGGAGGAAGCUAAUGUUGAUGAAAAAAAGAAGAAGAAAAAUCGAAAAAAGAGGAAAAAAGAUGAUAUUAUGGCUGAUGAUAUUUGUAAUGCUCUAGGAUUGCAUGUGAUGGCAAAACCAGAUUGGAAACGUCUUAGAAACAAAUAUUUAGAUUUGCAAAGAACUAAAAUGCAACUACUGAAAGGGCAUUUGAAAAAAAGUGAAAAUAUGACAGGAAAAAAAUGGUAUUAUGAAACACCUGGAUUAAAUUAUAAAUUAAAAAAUGAAAAAGAUAAUGGAAAGAUUAGCGAGACAGAAAAAUCACUUUAUGGACGGAUUAAUUAUACACCAGGGAUUAUAGUGAAAGUUGAAAUGGAUGAACCUUGCACAGAUCCACAGAGUUUCAAGAUGGAAUUAAAAGAUAACAAUUCUGUGAAAUAUAUAGAUGUAACACAUGGUUCCUGUGAAGCCUACAUAAGAUGUGAUACAGCAGAAGCUGCACAAUCGCUCGUGCAAAAGAAUUAUGAAGGAAGAUGCCUAACAAUUUUAAAAGAUGAAGAUGAGAAAUCAUACUGGGAUAAAAUAGCGCGUGACCGGGAAGAAAAAUUGAAUAGAAAGGGAAGAGUCAAGCAAAGAGGACGUGAUAAAUUGUUGAAAAGGGCAGAGAAAAAACUUGGAAAAUGUAUAAAGUUUGAUCAAGAUUGAUUUAGAUUAUCUUUCUUUCUCAUUCAAUUUUUUUUAUAAAAUUUUUAAUGUUUAUAUAUACAUUAUGCUACAAUGCAUGCAUAUAAUGUAUGCACAUGUAUAUAUAAAUACUGGCAUCAUUGCUAAUAUAUAAUUAAACCAUCAAUAAAAGUAAAGUUACUAUUAAAAGAAUAAUUAUACGAAAUACAUUUAGUUCUG